GUGCUGGUCCAGCCAACCGUUCACUUCACAUCGAUGGCAACCAGGAGCUUCACAUCGAGAUCGGUGCUCCUUCCAGCGGUCCUACUCGGUAUCUUUCUCUAUGGUGCCGUCCCUCAGCAGGCCGCUUUCUUUCUUCCUGGGACAUGGCGUUCUGCAGAGCUGCAGAACAUGGACGACGCAGCCCCCUCGCGUCGUGGGUUAUUGGUUGGGGCAGCCUUGGCCGCGGCAGUUCCAGAGCAAGAAGCCCGUGCCCUCAUGGCCGAGGAGCUUCGGGCAGCCAACCUCUUCCUCACUGCUUCACCCAGUGUUCUCAGCGUAUCCGAAGGCAAAAAGAACGCACCAGGUCCUACUGGCACGGGCUUUGUUUGGGAUGCUUCUCAUGUAGUCACCAACUUUCAUGUCGUGCAAGAGCUGAAGAGCCCCCACGUCACCUUUCUCCGGAAGGAUGAGUCCGGGACCGAAGACCAUGUCACGGUUGGUGCUUAUGUGGUCGGGGCAGACCCGCUGUCCGAUAUUGCAAUCCUCCAGGUGAAAAGUGACGAGAAUGCGGAUGUGGUUUCGCUGAUGCAGCCGCUCAGCCGCGGAGCUUCCGCGGACCUGAAGCCGGGCCAGGAGGUUUUUGCUCUUGGGAAUCCGUUUGGCCUUGAGCAUAGCAUGAGCAAGGGUGUCAUUAGCGGCGUCUCCAGGAGCAUGGAGGGGGCGGCUGGUUGGCCCAUGAGCGGCAUCAUCCAGACGGACGCUUCCAUCAACCCUGGAAACAGCGGAGGGCCUCUCCUGAACAGUGAAGGGGCUGUGGUUGGCGUGAACACUGCGAUCCUGUCCACCAGCGGCACGUUUUCUGGCGUGGGCUUCGCGCUGCCCAUUGAUACCGUGCAGAAGAACGUGGAAUCCAUGAUCGAGGAAGGCUACGUGACCAGACCUAGCAUUGGCGUCGAGCUCGCUCCCGAUGAGGUUUCCGAAUCGUUGGGAGUUCCCGGCGCUAUGAUCAUGAAGGUGGUGCCAGGUGGGCCAGCGCAGCGGGCUGGCAUGAGGGCUUUGCGGAGUGGUCAGCUGGGCGACGUCAUCGUGAAGAUGGGCGGACGCCAGAUCUCGAGCUCCAGCGAUGUCUUCCGGUACUUGGACCAGAGGCGACCAGGUGAGCUGGUCGUCAUGUCCGUGCAGCGACCGUCCUCAGACCUCACAAGCGAUGAUCCUGAUAUUGUUGACAUUACAGUGCGGUUGGGGCGAUCCAACUCAAAGAUGGUGGUCACUUAA